GAAGAUGAACAACGGCAGCAAAGCCGAGAAGGAGAACACCCCAAACGAGGCCAACCUUCAGGAGGAAGAGGUUCGGACCCUGUUUGUCAGUGGUCUUCCUCUGGAUAUCAAACCCCGUGAGCUCUACCUGCUUUUCAGACCAUUUAAGGGCUAUGAAGGUUCUCUUAUAAAGCUCACGUCUAAGCAGCCUGUAGGUUUUGUCAGUUUUGACAGUCGCUCAGAAGCAGAAGCUGCAAAGAAUGCUUUAAAUGGCAUCCGCUUCGAUCCUGAAAUCCCGCAAACACUACGACUAGAGUUUGCUAAGGCAAACACGAAGAUGGCCAAGAACAAACUAGUAGGGACUCCAAACCCCAGUACUCCUCUGCCCAACACUGUACCUCAGUUCAUUGCCAGAGAGCCAUAUGAGCUCACAGUGCCUGCACUUUACCCCAGUAGCCCUGAAGUGUGGGCCCCGUACCCUCUGUACCCAGCGGAGUUAGCGCCUGCUCUACCUCCUCCUGCUUUCACCUAUCCCGCUUCACUGCAUGCCCAGGUAAUUGAGACCCAUCGGCCACGACUUCACUCACUCCACCACCAGUCCUUUCAAACCUGGUUCCCCAGAGCACACCAUACAACUAACACCUAUCCAGCUAACAGAUCCACCUUCAAGAGAUUAAUGAGCCCCUCUAAAUCAAGCUGACACUCCUCCAGGACUUAGGAGGACCGUCUGACAGCAAUGAUAUCACCCACUGCCUGAUGUUUGCCCCAAGUGACACCCUCUCUUUUCCUUAAUGAUCUCACCCUCAUAGCACACUCGAGGGACUGAGGCAAGGUUCCCUCCCCGGCUCCACUAGCCCGAGGGCAUCACUGAGUGUGAACGUGUGUGAGCCCUGCUGUGUGGAGGGGCCCCUAGGAGGCGAGCUCCUGUAGCAAGAGUCACGUGUGGCUGUGUGUGUUUCUGUGCAUUGAAAGGUCUGCUCUUGUGAGAAUCUAGUGGCCAAAGUGGAAAGUUUGGAGCUUCUAGGAGGAAAACUAUAUGGUACCUUGCAUAUGUCAUGGCAAAAAGUAAAGGUGGUGGUGUCUUGCCAUUUUUAGG